GAUGGAAGCCAGACAGAAUCACUGAUCUCCCUACACAGUAAUCUUGUUAAUCUUUACAAUUCACAAGCACACAGAGGUGAAACUGUACCAUUUACGAACAUGCGAAUAUGACCGUUUCAGUGCUCAGACCUUUUCAGAGCUUUUCACCCUCACUCAGUUCUACUGAAUGCGUCUUUGUCUGACCUUAAACAAGUAAGGCGUGGCGAUGGUGUCCGUGCGUGGCCUGUACUUUGUGGCCAUGCUCUUCCUCAGCAGUUUCUUUGGCAGUGUGUUUAUGCUGGGGCCCGUCCUGCCGCUCAUGCUGCUGUCCCCGGCCUGGUACCGUUGGCUGACCGACCGCAUUGUAGCCACCUGGCUCACUCUGCCUGUGGCCCUGCUGGAGCUGGUGUUUGGAGUAAAGGUGGUCAUUACCGGUGAUGGUUUUGUCCCUGGUGAGCGAAGCGUGAUUGUGAUGAACCAUCGGACACGAUUGGACUGGAUGUUUCUGUGGUGUUGUCUGCUGCGGUACAGUUACCUGCGUCUGGAGAAGAUCUGCCUUAAAGCAGCCCUGAAGGCUGUGCCUGGAUUUGGCUGGGCAAUGCAGGUGGCCUCUUUCAUCUUUAUUCAAAGACGCUGGGAGGAAGAUCGUGGUCACAUGGCCAGCAUGCUGAAGUACUUCUGUGACAUUAAAGAGCCCUUACAACUCCUCAUCUUCCCUGAGGGAACUGACCUCACUGAGAACACACGGGCGAAAAGCGACGUGUUUGCAGAGAAGAAUGGCCUUCCCAAGUAUGAGUAUGUGCUACACCCCCGCACCACUGGCUUCACCUUUAUUGUGGAUACACUACGAAAAGGAGAGAACCUGGAUGCAGUCCACGAUAUCACUGUGGCCUACCCCCAGAACAUCCCUCAGACGGAGCGUCACCUGAUCCUGGGUCUGUUCCCACGUGAGAUCCACUUCCACGUGCGGCGCUUCCCGGCGGCAUCUCUGCCCACGCGAGCCGACCUCCUACAGGGCUGGUGCCAGGAACGAUGGGCAGAGAAGGAGGAGCGUCUACGUCGCUUCUACAGUGAAGAGCCACGCUGCUUUGACGCUCCUGAGGCGCAAGUGCCGCCCUGCAAGACAGAGCUGCGCGUGGCCCUGAUCAAAGCGGCCUCACUGAUCUACUGGAGCACGUUCAUUACCUUCUCUCUUGUCGGGCUAUGGCUCUUGAUGCCUGUGCGUGUCUAUUUCUUCCUGGCAGUGCUUUUCUUCCUGACCCAGCAGAAAGCCAUGGGUGGGGUGGAGCUAAUGGAGCUAGCUUGUCACCACCACUGGAGCAGAGCCAAUGGGCAGACUGGGAAAAGAAAGGGAUUGGGUGAAGGACAGCUCAGGAAAAAUGAGUGAGACAGCGAGUUCUGAGAGGAAGUUGGGGUGAAUGUAUAACUGCAGGGAGAUGGAAAUGCCUGCUGGUUUUGAGGGGGUUUUUUGUUUGUUUGUUUUUUUUAAACUCUGUACCAUAGAGCGGGCCCUUGUUCUCCUUUUUGGCUGGCUGAGUGUGUCUGCUACCACACGGAAAAGAGAGGUGGACAAAGGUGGGGCUUAAAGAUAAAGAUGGGAUAGCUUGAUGAGUGAGUCAUUGGCUGUGUCUUUGGUGCUUGGUUGGGUUAUAUGAAAUUAUGGGUUAGGUUAUGCUAAUUGACAACACUGUGCAUCUGCCAGCAAAUGUGUGUAAAAGUGAGAGAGAGUGAGCAUGUGUGUGUAUGUGUGUGUGUCCUUUCCCCUUUUUUAUGUGACUGCUCACACAGUGCUUGGUGUUUGGACUGUCAGGGGGUUAGCAUUCAGCUGUUUAUGGUCUGUGAGUUAUUACGGUGUUUGCUCCUCAUCAUUGUCUUUUGGAUCUUUAAUUUUGGUCCUGUCUCCUCUUUUUAUGUCUUAAGAAACUGUCUUGGCACAAUGCAUAAUAUCUGGUUC